AUGCCUCGUCUGGUACGCCGCAAGCCGCUUCUCCAGCGCCUUUCGACCCUGCUGAACCCCAUGGAUUUUUUGCUCUGGCUGUCGGAAGAGCUGGAAACACGCGACUGGGAUUCUGAAAAUGCAGGCACGCAGCUCGGCCUGGGGUUGAAUUUCUUGUUUCUCCUCGCGCGCGCAAAUUCUGGCUCGGCGCCACCCACGGAUGACGUUUUUGGCAGCGAAGACAAGUCGUUAUGGCUGUCACUGAUCGUCAACUCUAUCGUCUGGGGCCUGGGUAUAUUUGCCGUUACGAAUGGGGUGUACACUAUGACCCGCACUCGCAAGUAUAGGAUGUUCGAGGCCAACAUUAAUGUACAGCCUGGUACACCAUCGGCUCGUAGAGUCCGAGUAAAAGGCUCGCCGGCUUCUUCUUCGCCUCUCCGAUAUCUUGCCAACAUGAUCACGCCUGAAGGGCCCGAGAGCAGGUCCCACCCGGACAAGAACCGAGAUGUGUGGGAACUCGCGGUGUGGGAUCCUCUACCAAUAUCGAUGCGUCUAUUUUGUUUAUUCGGACCGGCACAUGUGUUGGUUUACAGCAUGUUUCUUCCACUUGCUUCGCUGGACCCCUGUCCCAGCAUUACCGUCUUCAACACAUUGUUGCUCCAGGUCAUCCUGUCUGCGCAGCUGGUGCUUUUCUUCUCCAAGUUUACGCAGCAGGGCAAAGAUAACUCUAUCAUCCAGAAAGAGGUUAUGCAUGAGUAUGACACCAAAUUUGUGCAUCCCUUAAUGCAUCCUGUCGUGCGCGAUGUCGGUAUUCAGGUAUCCACGGAUGCGGGCACAAGUACGGAGGAUAUAAUCGAGACAGGCACGCCUACCACCCUUAUUCGACGCUCAUUCAAGACACACAAAAAUCCGCACAUUGACGAAGAAGAGUCUGCACCAACUCGUCGGAGCAGCAUAAAGCAAAGUGGCAUGAAGCCAAGUCUACUCACGCCAUCCGGUCGUCGGUCAGACUCUUUCAGUCCAAUGCCAUCUAUUCGCAGCUCGGGCUUCCGCCAUAGCAUGGCUACGCCUGGUUGCCUGCCGGCUUCUGCUUCGACAAACAAUCUAGACUUGCCGUUUUCUUAUACAGCAACUGGGGCUUCAACAUUCGAACGUUCCCCAUUGAAACACGCACACAGCUUGAAUAACCUGAAGAGCCCUCUUCAGCAGCAGUCACCACGCACGUCUAGAGAGAUGGCGGCAUACGAGCAACGCGUACGGCCAAGCAGUCCAUUGAAAUACCCAGAAAGCCGGCAAUCUCUGGGAGCAACAACAUCAGACAUACGCGGCACGGGGACGGGAAGAUUCGUACAGCACGAGCACCAGCGGGCAAGGUGGUAG